UCCCUUCGUCUUCUCUUGUUAACUCCUGAUGGCUUCCUUCAGAGAGCGCGUCGACGAUAUCGCUCAGCUGGCUGUUGGGGUUACCUUCGACUUCGACUCGAACGAAUGGAUUGCGAAGUUCGGAAAUACGAUCAACAUCUUUCCCCUCCCCAACAAAGUUGCUGAAACUCCCGUUGUUGAAGAGCAGUUGGGCGGAGCUCUUGCUGGCAUCAGCGUGCCUAAAUAUCCUUUUGAGCAGGCGUACAUUGAAGCCUCCAAGUGGUUCCUCGGCACGUGUGCAUCUCAACGGGCGAAAGCGGCCAAGGAGAAGGGAGAAAAGCAACGUGAGGAGAAGAAGAUCUCGCCCAAGAAACGUCGCGGGCUCACCACCCCGACCGAAGCCAAUCCGCCGAAAAGGACGGCUACAGAGGAAACAGCAAGAGAUGAUAAAAAUUCGGUGACUUCGCCACCACCAAGCGACGCCAAAGCGAAUUUCCCGCUUUUGUCGAAGGAAAUCGCGGUUAAAACGGUACACACUGUGAGCGAUUAUCGCGUCGGUGACCGUGAAGAAGAGUAUCUUAUAACUGGGAAAAUCGGCAGUGCUGGUCCGCUGGAGAAUUGGUGGAUACGUCUUGACAACGUUGCUGGAAAUCAGACUGCUAUUAGUAAACUGAAGAAUUAUCGUAAGAACUACAUAUAUCGCAACAACGCGGCUAGAAAAGCGGAGGCGCAAGAUUUGGCAGAUGAGGACGCUGACGAGGAUGAGGAUGCGGAAUACGAAGUGGAAUGUCUGUUGGACGUUCGUAUCGUUGGAAAAAAAGAAGAAUUCCUGGUAAAAUGGAAGGAUUAUCCCCCGGCUGAGAACACCUGGGAACCCAUCGCGAACCUGACGGGCGUCGAGCCUUCGGAAUUAGAACAGUGCAGACAGAAACAAGCUCAUUUGAUAGUACCGAGGAGCAGUAGAUCGGCGCCGUCGAGGAAAGGAGUAGAUAAAGCUUCGGAGUCUUCCAAAGAAGCGGUGGAAGGUGGUGAGGCUCAGACGAAGGAGACAUCUUCUGAGAUGAACGUUGAACCUAGCGGUGAAGCUAAAUCGGAUGGUCCUGGGGUUGCUGAGGCUGAAGGGCAAGCCGGUGGAGCUCCUGUGUUAACCGUGGUAGAGCGAGUCACGAUUGAUGCCAUUAUGGCUGAGACCACUGACAGUGAUGAUGACGAAGGAGCUCCCAAUGGUAACGGAGAAGCGAUUUUCGAGGAAGCUACUGUUCGUGAAGAGGCGCAUGUUUGAGGAAAUAUUGUGACAACGCAGCUUUGGAAAAGGUCUAUUAAUGGAGUUGAUCGAGAUCCUCGUUUGCAUGAUUUGGUAUCUUAUUCUGUAGCAGACAGCGGUUAUACGAUCAAUA